AUGGUUCCUACCAAUCAAACACGACUACUGGAACUCUUGGAGGCAGUGAAAGUUGAGUAUGAUCAGCUUAGUCAGGAGGCUCAGAUUACAAAGAGCCAACGAGACGAAUAUGAGCACAAAGUCAACAGCCAAAUUCAAGAAAUGAACGUUUUCCAGCAGACAUUGCUAGAUUUGGAGCGAACGCAACAGGUGCUAAAGAAACAGUACGAGGAAGAAAUUUCUAGAUUAAGACAACAAUUGGAUCAAAUGCAACACAAUGGAUAUCAGCCAUCUCAGCAGCCUGAUAUUAAACAAUCGCAACCACCUCCACCUCCUCCUCCAUUGACUGCUUCUCCAUUGACAAAUGUCCCCCAUUUUGGCCCUCCUCCCUCUCAACAGCAACAGCAACCAGGCGCAGGUCAGCCACCACAGAAUAGUAACAGACCCAAAUCAACAUUACCUCCACCACCUCCACCACCUGCCGCUUCUUCACCCGUUGCGCAAGCCAAUCCAUCCAGCAUUGGCUUGAAUGACUUGGAUCCUGAAUCCGUGCCAGCCAACAUGAAGAUUGAAGGUCAAGACUGGUUUGCAUUAUUCAAUCCCAAGGUACCUCGCUUCCUCAAGGUGGAUCUCGUUCAUACAUUGGAUCACGACAGUGUUGUCUGCUGUGUCAAGUUCAGCAUGGAUGGCCGAUUCCUUGCUGCUGGAUGUAACCAAGCAACCUAUAUCUAUGAUACCAUCACUUCAAAACGUGUAGCUGUACUUCAAGAUCUCACUGUAAGCAGAGACGGCGAUUUAUACAUUCGAUCUGUUAGUUUCAGUCCCGAUGGCAAAUAUCUAGCCACUGGCGCUGAGGAUAGACGCAUUAGAAUUUGGGAAAUUGCAAAGAACCGCAUCAGAUGUGUUUUAUCAGGACACGAGCAAGAUAUUUACUCACUCGAAUUCAGUCGCGAUGGUCGUGUUCUUGUGUCUGGCUCAGGUGAUCGUACAACCAGAAUCUGGGAUUGGAUAGACGCAAAGUGCUUACAUACGCUACGUAUCAACGAGGUGGAUCAAAGUGAUCCUGGGGUGACUAGUAUCGCUGUGUCUCCAGAUAGUCGACUCGUCGCUGCUGGUAGUUUGGAUAAAAUGGUCAGAAUUUGGGAUGCUGUUAACGGUACCUUGUUGGAGAGAUUAGAAGGCCACAAAGACAGCGUCUACUCUGUUGCAUUCAUGCCUGAUGGAAAGACCUUGGUGAGUGGUAGUCUGGAUAAGACGCUCAGAAUGUGGCAAUUGGGCGACAGAACCAAAAAUUCUUGCAUUCAAGUAUUCUCUGGUCACAAAGAUUUUGUCUUGUCUGUUGCUACGACUCCUGAUGAUCGCUGGAUUGUAUCAGGCUCCAAAGACCGUAGUGUUCAAUUCUGGGAUCCUCGUACUGGUCAAACACAAUUCAUGUUACAAGGCCAUAAAAAUUCAGUGAUAUCGGUUGCCACAAGUCCUGGAAGAAGACCAUUGUUUGCAACUGGAUCUGGAGACAACAGAGCAAGGAUCUGGAGCUAUGAGCCAGUUGCUCCAUCUUGA